AUGUCUACUCAUCUCGAUAUCCCCGCCCGAAUGGCCGAACUGGGCCAAACAGACACCACAACAACCACCACCACAUCGACGCCUAGCACCAUCUACUCCCACUGUCACCGCAACCCAACCUACUCAAGCACCACUCUCGCCCCCUCGGAAGAACAUCCGCGACGCAUCCUGAAACCAGGCCUCUACGUCCCCACAUUAGCCUCCUUCUCCCCGGAGACGGAAGAAGUCGACGAGUCCACCACAGCCCAGCACGCCGUCCGCAUGGCCAAGGCGGGAGUCAUGGGCCUCAUCACACAUGGCACAUACGGGGAAGCCGCUCAUCUCUCGCACACAGAGCGGUGUCGGAUCACACGGACUACAAGGCAUGCCGUGGCCGCAGCGGGAUACCCGCAGAUGCCGAUUAUCGUCGGGUGCGGCGCCCCGUCCACCAGCGAGACGAUCGAGCUAUGCCAGGACGCGCGGGACUCAGGGGGCGACUAUGCACUUCUCCUAUUCCCGUCUGCCUAUAUGAGCCACUAUACAAAGGCCAGUCUCCGAAGAUUCUUCGAGGAUGUAGCCGGCGCGUCUCCCCUGCCUGUGUUGAUAUACAACUACCCGGCCGUGACGGGCGUGGACCUCGACGCGGAGACCAUCGCGGCGCUGGCGCAGCAUCCGAAUAUCGUCGGCUGCAAGUUGACCUGUAACAAUAUGGGUAAGCUUAAUCAGAUCGUUGCGACGGUGAAGCCUGCAACGUUCUCGGAUCGGGGGUCGGAGUUCAUGUGUUUUGGGGGGUCUGCGGAUGCAGCGCUGCAGGCCAUGAUCGGGGGAGGGUCGGGCGUGAUUGCGGGACUGGGGAAUGUGAUGCCCAAGGCGUGUGUGAAGCUUGUCGAGUUGUAUCAUUUAGGAAGGAUAGAUGAAGCAAGGCAGCUUCAGGGGACUGUUGCGAAAGCAGAUCAGGUGGCAAUUGAGGGGGGUGUGAGUGCUGUGAAGAGUGCACUGAGGGUGUUUUAUGGGUAUGGAGGAUAUGCGCGACGGCCAUUGAGGUCGGAUGAGAAGGAGAAGGAGAAAAGUGCUACGGAUGGGCUGAAGGAGGGGAUAGAUCUGGAGAAAUCCCUGUAG